AUGAGGGCCAGCGCCACAACCAACUAUGUAUACGUCUCGGAGCUGGACCCCUUGGCUCGCAGCCAGUUUGUGGAGAUCGGCGCCUUUGUGUUCAAUGUGGCGGGCCACCCCACAGUGCCUCACGGCUCGGUGGCGCUGAACAGCAUCCAGCGGCGGAUCCUCAAGGUGUCAGUGCGUGACGCGGCCGACGUGCGCGCCUAUGCGCCGCCGCCCUCUGUGCCCACUGCCAACCUGCUCUAUGGGGAGAUCGCUUACGUGACAGACAAGGCGCGUGUAGCCCAGCGCGAGCUGUCGGCGAAUGACAUCAUCGACAGGCUGCUCAAGGACUUUGCUGGGCAGGUCCUGAGCGUGAACCAGCAGGUGGUUUUUGAGCUGCAGGGCCUCAACCUGCGCGUCGUGGUGGGCUCCCUCCUAGUGUCGGACGCCAGCGGGGAGAACAGGGACGUGCAGCGCGGCUUCCUCAGGGACAGCACCGCCUUCAUCUUCACAAACUCGGGCCAGGCCCCCAUCAAGAUCACGGGCCAGAAGGGCUUCGCCACCAACCAGCUGUUCAAGAGCCGCACCCUGUCCUUCGAGUCCCUCGGCAUCGGCGGCCUGGACGCGCAGUUCGAGUCCAUCUUCCGACGCGCUUUUGCGAGCCGCGUGUUCCCGCCCUCCAUCCUGGAGCGUCUGGGCAUCCACCACGUCAAGGCCUGA